GGCAAUAGAAGAGAUGUUAUGAGACGCACAGAAUCACUUGUUGAAUGAGUGGUUGUAACAAUCAUUGCUAAAGGAAGAGCUCGGCAAAAGGCUACGCCAUCCAACUUUCCCAGUCCUGUGACCUUCACAUCAAAGGACGGGGAUCAGAACUUGUGGUAAUGACUCAAGAGGCAUCUAAAGACAGAGAUUUCCCUCUGAGUUCUUGUUCAGCAGGUGACAGCAGCAUCAUGGUGAAGAUCAAGUGGGAGAGGCAGGAGUGGCUCCCGCAGGCCCUGGAGGCCCCUGCCAUCCUGCCAGAGAAGGACAAGGAGAACAUCUUCCAGCAUCGCCUGGGUCAUCCGCUUCUCCAGGCUUUGGGGAAGCCUCGAGCCCCAGGGGGGUGGGAAGAAGCCCAAGGCCCAGGCCGAAUUCCCAGUGCUCACUGGAUGGGAGUGUCAACAGGCCGUGGGUCCACAGCAGUCCCCUUGCCCCUUGGCCCACCGUUCCCAGUAGGUGAGGGACACUUUGCAUGUCCAGACUGUGGGAAGAGGUUUAGUUGGUGGUCAUCACUGAAUAUCCACCAGCGCACUCACACAGGAGAGAAGCCUUAUCACUGUGGCAAGUGUGGCAAGAGCUUUAGCCAGAAGCCCAACCUGGUCAGGCACCAGAGGCACCACACAGGUGAGCGGCCCUUCCACUGCCCUGAGUGUGAGAGGCGCUUUAGCCAGAAGCAACAUCUGCUCAAACACCAGAAGACACACUCCCGCCCUGCAAUCCACUCCUGUCCUGAGUGUGAGAGACGUUUCCGUCACAAAGUUGCCCUCCGUGUCCACCAAAGGACCCAUGCCCGUGACCGUCAGCUGGCCCGAGCUGAGCUGCAGAAGCUCCUUAGAGACAAGGUGACCCGGAAGCCCCGCCGGCCCCCAUCGGCAUCACGAGAAUCACCGGGCUGUCCCUGGGUAGAAGCUGGUGGAGGGUGGAGGGCUGGGCCACCUGCCAAGGCUCGGACCUCUGCUGCUGGCUCCGGGGAGCAGCGCCAGUUCAUCUGCAACGAGUGUGGGAAGAGUUUCACAUGGUGGUCAUCGCUGAACAUUCACCAGCGGAUCCAUACGGGGGAGCAGCCGUACGCCUGCCCGGAGUGUGGGCGGCGCUUCAGCCAAAAGCCCAAUCUGACUCGGCACCUCCGUAACCACACAGGUGAACGACCCCACUCAUGCCCUGAUUGCGGCCGUGGCUUCCGUCAGAAGCAGCAUCUGCUCAAACACCAGCGCACGCACCGUGUUGGGGAGAAGGCUUCCAUGUGCCCUGGCUGUGGGGAGAGCUGCCCCAGCCGGGCAGCCUUGCGGGCCCACCAGCGGGCCCACGCUGCUGCUGAGCUGCUCCAUGGGGCAGCCCUCCGGGGCCGGAUGGUGGUGGCAGUGGCCAGUGUGGAACCAGGGUCAGGCUUGCUGCAGCCUGCAGAGUACGCCCUGGGCUUCUCUCUGCAGCCACCGCCAGCUUCCCAGGCCUUGCAAGGAGAUGAGGUUGUCUUGCUGGGCAGGGAACCACGCUGGGGCAGGGGCCCAGUAGGCAUGGCCCAAGCAGGUAGAGGAGUCCCUCCAUCUGGCACUGCGGAGCAGCGUCAGUUCAUCUGUAACGAAUGUGGCAAGAGCUUCACCUGGUGGUCUGCACUCACUAUCCACCAGCGGAUCCACACCGGGGAACGGCCCUACCCCUGUCCCGAUUGUGGGCGUUGCUUCAGCCAAAAGCCCAACUUGACUCGGCACCGGCGGAACCACACAGGCGAGCGGCCUUACCUGUGUGCUGACUGUGGCAAGGGCUUCAGUCAGAAGCAGCACCUGCUUAAACACCAUCGUGUCCACAGAGGAGGGGGCCGGCUAGUGCUUACCCCUGCACAUAGUGUCAAGGAAGAACCUUAAAGGACGGGGCUGAGACUUAGGAAGUCUCCGUAAUCGGGGAUUGUGUGCAUGUGUGUGUAGGGGGGAGGGUGGGGAACGGGAAGGGGUUUUAUAGUUGACCUACUUGCUUGAACAGAAGACCCCUGAGAGUAGCAACUUUCCUGGGGAGGUUUCUCCCCAGCCCUUGAGUUUUCUUCAAGGCUUAGAAACUCGUCCUCCAAACAGCUUGUGGAUGAAUCCUAAGGUGACCUCGUACCUUGAGUACAGGGGGGUUGGGUUAGGCCAGAUAACAUCAACUUCAGUGAUUGACUUCUUCCUAUUUUUCUCCCUCCCCCCUUCUUCCAGGGAUACACCGUGACUCUGGAUGGAGGUAGCAUCCUAGAGAGGAACCUUCACAAAUACUUGUAAGAGUUCAAAGGCAUGGAAUGCCUAGGGUGCAGGCCAAUUUAAUCUUAGCAAAAUGUCAUACUGGUCCAUGCUGGCUCAAAGAAUGGGCACUCCAAAGAGGAAAAGGUCUUUAUAGCUGCACUCAGAUGCAUCAUCAACAUUGGAAGCCAGAAGUCUUUUAAUGAUACAGGUGGGAUGAGGGAGCUGUCCCAGCCCAGGCCAGGGUAGAAGUGUGGGAGGCCUGGCCCAACAUCAGUGAGGAUGGUGCCUGGUUGUGGUUUGAUAUUAUAGAAGUUUCAGGAGAAUAGCAAUGUCUCAUAUCAUUUAGAAAACAAAAUGGUACCCAAGGUAGGAUGAAGAUGACUUACUUUAUCGGGACUUAUCUUUACCAAGAAUGUUUCAGAAAAGAAAAAUGAAGGAUUGAGUGUUUAAAA